UAAUCAGCCAUGCUUACCUCUUUACGCUCCACUAAACCCUCUUCUCUCACUCUCUUUCUCGCGGCCUAGCUCGAUACACUCUGGUUCCAAGAGGUAAUGUUCAUCUUCUUCGUUUGCUGCUCUCCCCUGCUUAUCAAUUUCCGCAUUUGGCCCUGUGUUGGUGGUUUGAAGGGUGAUUCGGUGACUAGAAUCCGGGAAGAAUUUUGGAAGAAUGGGGUACAUUGGUGCGCAUGGUGUGGCUGCGCUGCAUAGGCAUAAGUAUAGCGGCGUGGAUCAUUCCUACGUCGCCAAAUAUGUGCUCCAACCCUUUUGGAGUCGCGUCGUUAAUUUCUUCCCCCUUUGGAUGCCUCCAAACAUGAUAACACUUACGGGAUCCAUGUUCUUAGUCAUCUCUAUGCUGCUUGGCUAUAUUUAUUCACCUCGCUUGGACUCACCUCCUCCAAGAUGGGUUCAUGUUGCACAUGGAUUGCUACUUUUUCUCUAUCAGACCUUUGAUGCUGUUGAUGGGAAGCAAGCAAGACGAACUAAUUCAUCAAGUCCAUUAGGGGAGCUUUUCGAUCAUGGAUGUGAUGCCCUUGCUUGUGCGUUUGAAGCAUUGGCUUUUGGGAGCACGGCUAUGUGUGGAAGAUAUACUUUCUGGUUCUGGGUAAUUUCAGCCAUUCCAUUUUAUUGUGCAACAUGGGAACACUAUUUCACCAAUACCCUUGUUCUUCCGGCUAUCAAUGGACCAACAGAGGGCCUCAUGCUUAUUUAUUUGAGUCAUUUUUUCACAGCUAUUGUAGGUGCUGAGUGGUGGGCUCAACAAUUUGGAAAGUCUAUUCCCUUUGUAAUUGGGCUGCCAUUUAUUCAUGAAAUUCCCACAAACAGAGUUGUGCUGUUUCUGAUGUCAGUUUUUGGUGUCAUACCAACAGUCACUUACAACAUACGCAAUGUUUAUAGGGUAGUUCAGGGAAGAAAAGGAAGCAUGCUGCUGGCACUAGCAAUGCUUUGCCCUUUUGCUGCACUCUUGGGAGGAGUUCUUGUAUGGGACUAUCUGUCUCCAUAUGACAUAAUGGGGGACUAUCCGCAUUUAGUUGUAUUGGGAACUGGACUUGCUUUUGGUUUCCUUGUGGGAAGGAUGGUCCUGGCUCAUUUGUGUGAUGAACCAAAGGGGUUGAAAACUAACAUGUGUGUGUCACUACUGUAUCUCCCUUUUGCCAUUGCAAAUGCACUCACGGCGAGACUGAAUGAUGGGGCUCCUUUAGUUGAUGAGAGUUUGGUUCUUCUUCUUUACUGUCUAUUCUCAACUGCACUUUAUUUGCACUUCGCCACAUCGGUUAUUCAUGAAAUCACAGCUGCGUUGGGAAUUUAUUGCUUCAGGAUAACUAGGAAGGAAGCUUGAAUUUUGCCGGUAUUUUCUUUUGGAUAUGCCCUUCCCAGGAAUUAAGUCAAGAAUGACGCUUCUCCGUUGAGGUUUUGGUUAUUUAUUUUACUUAUAAAACAUUGAUUACAUUUCUGUCUCCGGGUCUUUGUACUUGAGGCUCAAUUUAAUCAUAUCUUUACCUUUGUAGUAGAUUUAUUCGUUUUCCAAGUAGAGUUAGGCCAGUUUAGAUGUGUAAA